AUGGAAGCCAGAGGCUCCACUCCUGGUCCCUGCUUUCUCUGUGGUUCUGCCCCAGGCACACUGCACUGUCCAGCCUGUAAUCAAACCUCAUGCCCAGCUUGUGACCUUUUAUUCCAUGGACAUCCGUCCCGUGCUCAUCACCUUCGCCAAACCCUGCCUGGGGUCCACCAAACCAUCAACCUAAGCUCUAGUUUACCUGCCUCGUCCCAGCCACCGCCCCACUCAGCGUCCCUGCCUCUGGGGGACAGCUCUCUUUCUUCCCCUGAAACUGCCAAUGCUUGUCUGCCCUGGCACUGUGCUGCCUGCGUCACACUAAACGAGCCUUGGGCAGUGCUCUGUGCAGCCUGCAGUCAGCCCAGAGGCUGUAAGGUGCUGAGAACAGAGGGUUCCCAAGGAACUGGGGGCCUCGAACCUGAGCCUGCACGGGAUCAGUGGGCCUGCCAGAGCUGUACCUUUGAGAAUGAGGCAGCGGCUGUGCUGUGUGCCAUAUGUGAGCGACCUCGGCUGGCCCAGCCUCCCAGCUUGGUGGUAGAUUCCCACGACGCUGGUGUUUGCCACCAGUCCCUCAAGGGGGAUAUUUUGCUCUCAUCUGCCCAGUCUGAAGUGUGGUACUGUGAUCACUGUACCUUUUGCAACUCGGGCCCUGUCUGGGUAUGUGCUAUAUGCAACCGAACCCGCAACCCCAUCUCAGGACAGCAUGCCGUUCGACCCUAUGCCAGCUCUUUGGAAAAGGAACUCCCAAAGCCUGGGUCCCCACAACACCUCAGUGCUUCCCUGCCUGGUUCCUGCGGAGACCCAGAGAAACAGCGACAAGAUAAGAUGCGGAAGGAAAGUCUCCAGCUAGUGAGCAUGAUCCAGGAAGGGGAAGCUGCAGGUGCCAGCCCAGAAGAGAUCUUCUCAGCUUUACAGUACUCGGGCACUGAGGUGCCCCUGCAGUGGCUGCGUUCAGAGCUGUCCUAUGUCCUGGAGAUGGUGGCUGAGCUAGCUGGUCAGCAGGAUCCAGGGCUGGGUGCCUUUUCCUGUCAGGAAGCCCGGAAAGCCUGGCUUGAUCGGCAUGGCAACCUUGAUGAAGCUGUAGAGGAGUGUGUGCGGGCCAGGAGGAGGAAGGUGCAGGAGCUCCAGUCCCUGGGCUUUGGGCCUAAAGAUGGGUCACUGCAGGCCUUGUUCCAGCAUGGGGGUGAUGUGGCACGGGCCCUGACUGAGUUACAGCGUCAGCGUCUAGAACCCUUCCAUCAGCGCCUGUGGGACAGAGGCCCUGAGCCCACUCCCUGCUGGGAUGGGCCAGAUAGACAGAGCCUGGUCAGACGACUUUUGGCCGUCUACGCACUCCCCAGCUGGGGCCGGGCGGAGCUGGCACUGUCACUGCUGCAGGAGACACCCAGGAACUAUGAACUGUUGGACGUGGUGGAGGCUGUGAGGCACAGCCAGGACCGGGCCUUUCUUCGCCGCUUGCUUGCCCAGGAAUGUGCUGUGUGCGGGUGGGCCCUUCCCCGCAACCGGAUGCAGGCCCUGAUCUCCUGUGAGUGCACCAUAUGUCCUGACUGCUUCCGCCAGCACUUCACCAUUGCCCUGAAGGAAAAGCACAUCACAGAUAUGGUGUGCCCUGCCUGUGGCCGCCCUGACCUUACUGAUGACACACAGUUACUCAGCUACUUCUCCACCCUUGACAUCCAGCUCAGAGAGAGCCUAGACCCAGAUGCAUACGCCCUGUUUCAUAAGAAGCUGACGGAGGGUGUGCUCAUGCGAGACCCCAAGUUCUUGUGGUGUGCCCAGUGUUCCUUUGGCUUCAUAUAUGAACGUGAACAACUGGAGGCAACAUGUCCCCAGUGUCACCAGACCUUCUGUGUGCGCUGCAAGCGCCAGUGGGAAGAGCAGCACAGAGGACGGAGCUGUGAGGAUUUCCAGAACUGGAAACGCACCAAUGACCCAGAAUACCAGGCUCAAGGCCUGGCGAUGUAUCUUCAGGAAAAUGGCAUUGACUGCCCGAAGUGCAAGUUCUCCUACGCACUGGCCCGAGGAGGCUGCAUGCAUUUCCACUGCACUCAGUGUCGGCACCAGUUCUGCAGUGGCUGCUACAAUGCCUUCUACGCCAAGAACAAAUGUCCAGACCCUAAUUGCAGGGUGAAAAAGUCCCUGCAUGGCCAUCACCCUCGGGACUGCCUCUUCUACCUACGGGAUUGGACUGCUGUCCGGCUGCAGAAACUGUUGCAGGACAAUAAUGUCAUGUUUAAUACGGAGCCUCCAGCUGGGACCCGGGCAGUCCCUGGAGGUGGCUGCCGAGUGAUGGAGCAAAAAGAGGUUCCCGAUGGGUUCAGGGAUGAGGCCUGCGGCAAGGAGACUCCAGCUGGCUAUGCCGGCCUCUGCCAGGCACACUACAAAGAGUACCUUGUGAGCCUCAUCAAUGCCCAUUCGUUGGACCCAGCCACCCUGUACGAAGUGGAGGAACUGGAGACAGCCACUACACGCUACCUCCAUGUGCAUCCCGAACCAAUGGAUGGAGAGGAUCUUCCUGCCUAUCAGGCUCGAUUGUUACAGAAGCUGACAGAAGAGGUUCCCUUGGGACAGAGUAUUGCCCGCAGGAGGAAGUAGCUGAGGGCAAGGGUCCUGAUGAGGCUUCACCACCGUGGCCUCAGCAGCAGCUCCUUCUGGCACCAAUAAAGAGGCAUCUUAUGGCCUAGGCUUCUUGGUGGUCCUUCUUCCUGGCCUCACCAUCUAGGGGCCUUGGGGAAGGGGAGGGGGUGGGUGAACAGAAUCUUGUUGGAAGGGCCUUCAGCAGCCCACUCUCCCCUCCCGGACUCCUGGCUAGAAGAAAUGAAGUGCUGUGGAUGGAUGGACAAGAGAGACCCUCCACAUGUCAUCAUCUGGUGUCGGCUUCUCUGCUUCCUUUUCCCACUUCACUUAACUCAGCUGCUGUGUGAGAUCACCUAGAAUGUAGCAAGCAGACACUUGGGGAGCACAAAAGAAUCUCCAGGUCAGAUCCGGAGACCAGCCUUCUGAGAGGCAGCAGUGUCUCAGGUUCAAGGGAGUCCAAUCUGGGAGGAAGGAGUCUGGCCAGACCCCCCAGGCCCAGAGCCUGCUGUGUUGCUGACACAUUCUCAGAUCUGCUUCCCUCUGGUGGCGAGCGCUUGCCCUGCAACCCAGACCACGUGAUUUCUAGGAAC